UGAGUUAUAAAUAGUAGGCGGUUUUGCGUUGCGUGCAUUCGUGUAACAACGCACUAGCAAAAUGUUGCUUGAUUUUGACGAAUUUUUCGUGUUUUUGACCAUUUUAAUGGUGGUUUUUUCGUGUCUGAAGUAUUUUUUUCAAAAUUGUGGCGGGAAAAUUCGAAAAAUUGAUCGAAUCAUCCCGAAAAGUGUCAAUUACCAUUUUACGAGGCAAUGCAAUUACUCGUGCGGUUUUUGCUUUCACACUGCCAAAACGUCGUUUGUUUUGGACUUGGGAGUGGCCAAAAGGGGGCUCAGGAUGCUCAAAGAGGCAGGAAUGGAAAAGAUUAAUUUCAGCGGCGGGGAACCAUUUAUUGUGACACGGGGCCGCCAUUUGGGCGAAAUGGUGAAAUUUUGCAAAAUGGUUCUGAAACUACCAUCGGUUUCCGUGGUCUCAAAUGGGUCCCUAAUUACGGAAAAAUGGUUCCAAAAUUACGGCCAAUAUGUGGACAUUAUGGCCGUUUCGUGCGACUCCUUCAAUGAGGACACUAACAAGGUCAUUGGUCGUGGUCAAGGCACCAAAAACCACUUGGAGCAAAUCCUAAAAGUGCGCAAUUGGUGCGAAAAAUACAAAAUUUUGUUCAAAUUGAACACAGUUGUCAAUACUUACAACAAGGACGAGGAUAUGUGUGAACAAAUCCGGCGGAUCAACCCAAUCCGGUGGAAAGUGUUUCAGUGUUUGCUCCUCGAGGGCGAAAACGCCGGUCCUGAAGCUCUGCGAAACGCCGAACACUUUUACAUCGACGAUUCAGCUUUCGAAAGCUUUUUACAGCGACAUGAAACCGUCAAAAGCUUGGUUCCUGAAUCCAACACAAAGAUGCAAAACAGUUAUUUGAUUCUUGACGAAUACAUGCGGUUUUUGGACUGCACGAGUGGCUCUAAAGUGCCCUCCAAGUCCAUUUUGGACAUUGGCGUUGAAAACGCGCUAAAAUUUUCAGGAUUUGACGAGGAAAUGUUCAAGAAACGGGGAGGGUUCUACAAGUGGUCGAAGGAGGCCGAGAAAUUCGCCUGGUAGCCAUUGCAGUGCUGCCAACGUAUAGUAUUCCAACUACGCUUCAUCUGGGGUGCCAACUUAAGCUUGUCAGUUUUGUAUUCAAUGUAAUAAAUCUUUAGUUUUA